GGUGAUUCCCCCUGAAUCCCCGUCCCCCACGUCCCCAUUUUUAUCGAGCCCGUCUCAUCCUUUUGUUUCUUCCAGCCUUGGGGCGUUUUUCCGGCUGCGCUGGGCUGGUGGAUGCGGCCGUGUCUGGUAAAACACGUUUGUUUGCUCCAGCUGCGUGGUGGCAGGGCGGCGGGUUCCUCUCCGGCUGGAUCGCGCCGAUGAGUUUAUGUUGGCUUGGUGGAAAGGGCUGGAGAACCAACGUCAUCUCAUCCCAAUCCCUCACUGUGUCUGGGCUUGCAACUGGCUGUGACAUCUCCCAUCCCAAACCAGAGCCUGAAAGCUCCUCAUGAGUUUAAUUCUUGCCCUACGUGACCCAAACACCAUUUUCCUUUCGUCAUCCUUCCUUCCUUCCUUCUGCCUCAUCCUGAUUUUCCACGUUUCCAUCUCCAAGGGCCCAGACUGACCUUGCCUACCCCAUCCCACCGACCAGACAACACUAGACCUUGCUGGCUGGAGCAGUGACCUCCCUGGGUGGACGUUCUGGUGUGCAACCUCUAGCCCAUUACACGUGGGGGGGUGGAUGGAUCAAUGGAUCGCUGGAUGAGGGAUGGAUGGAUGCUGCUUGGGAAGCCCUGAGCAUCCAGUGGGGACCAUGAGAGUGGAGAGAGAUCUAAAAGUCCUCUUGGGGUUUGUUUUUGUCAAGAAGGUUGCUUAUAAAAGGGCUGUGGUUGCAAAGGGAGCUUGUGGAGAAGGUCUCUGGCACCAGCAUGCACCCGCUGUCAUCUCAGGCUGUGUCUGGGGGUGGGCAAGGACCGGUACUGGCAUUCCCAGUCCCCAGGCAGGGCAGGGGCUGUGCUCAGGGAUGCUCAGUGCUGUGAGGUGUGUGGGCUCAAGGUUUCCAGCCCCACUUUCUGGUGUCAGCGUACCACGCUUCCCGGCUAGGACACGUGCUAGCUGUCAGGGCAUCCUGAACACCUUUCUCCCCGCUUUUUCCCCAAACCUUGGCAUCAGGGACACGUGCUGGUUCACUGAAAGGUGCAAGACGGAGCACGAGCUGGUCUGGGAGCCAGGCAGCUGCCGGGACUCCAAGCAACCUGGGUGUCAGUGGUGAAUUGCGGCUCCCCUUUUCCCUAUGGAAGCUUGGCUGGUGCAUCGCUGACCCCUCCCCGAGUCCGCAGCCGCUCCUGGCUGGUUUCCCCCCUGCAGCAGCCGCAGAGGGAGAAGCAAAUCUCUCCCCAGGGCUUUUGAGCUCUUGGGGUAAGCCCCCCUACUCCAGGGGCCAGAGGAGGGACGGCCGGUGUUUGCCCACGAGGUGCGGCCGCUGCGCCACGAUUCAAACUGGUCGUGCAGCUUCACGGUGCUGUGCCCUCCCCUCCGCGGUGCUGGAUGCUUUCCGGACACGUCCACCGGCAGGCAGGUGAUGACGGCUGGACCGAUCCCGUCCCGACCGGGGAUGGCUCUGCUUGCACAACCGGUGGGGUAAGGCGCGACAGCAGCAGGCUGCUGGGGAGCCAGCGGCCGGGCUACGGGACGCUGCAGCGAGACGUCGAUAAGUCCCGCAUGGAGGUCACAGGCUACCAGACCAAGACAUGGCGGGUGGCCCUGUGCCACGCUUGCUCCGUGCUGACGGCCGGGCUGCUCCUGCUCCUCUUCCACUGGAAGCCGAGCCUGGAGGUGCAGGCGAAGUGCAAGCCCUGCGCCCUCGGCCAGGCCGACUGGGUCAUCAUCAGGGACCGAUUCGGACAGUGCUUCACCACCCGCGUGCGCACGGAGGCUCUGGGCGAGGGCAGCCUGGAGCAUCACCCUGGGGCCAGGCUGGAGGACCGGAGGAGCAGCAUCGCCAUCGGCGUGUCGGAUGAGGAGGAGAGCCGGGACACCAUCCGGCUCCAUGAGAAGGAAGAGAACAACCACCUGCGGUACUAUCUCUUCGAGGGCAUGCGCUACAUCUGGAUCGAACGGCGGCAGGCAUUCUGCAAAGUCAGCCUCUUGGAUGAAGGUUGGACCUGCGCAGAUCUCCACCUCUCCCAAGCUGGGCUCGACCAGCAAGACCACAACACCAGAAGGAAGAUCUAUGGACCAAACCUCAUCGAGGUGCCGGUCAAGUCCUACGCGAGGCUGUUGGUGGAGGAGGUGCUCAAUCCCUUCUACAUCUUCCAAGUGUUCAGCAUCGUGCUGUGGGUCUGCGACGCCUAUUACUACUAUGCCGCCUGCAUCUUCCUCAUCUCCACCAUCUCCUUAGGGCUGUCCCUCUACGAGACGAGGAAGCAAAGCGUCACGCUGCAAAAUAUGGCCAAGAUGUCAGUGGGUGUCCGAGUCCGCCGUCCCAGCGGAGAGGAGAUGGUGGUGAGCUCGGCGGAGCUGGUGCCGGGUGACUGCAUCAGCCUCCCCACGGACGGGAUGCUGGUCCCUUGUGAUGCCGCGCUGCUGACGGGCGAGUGCAUGGUCAACGAGAGCAUGCUGACGGGGGAGAGCGUGCCGGUGAUGAAGACCCCUCUCCCAGCUGGUAGCCGGGCAGCCAGCCCUGUCUAUUCCCCCGAGGAGCACCGGCGGCACACCUUGUUCUGCGGGACGCAGGUCAUCCAAGCCAAGUCCUACGUGGGCAGCGAAGUGCUGGCCGUGGUGACCCGCACAGGGUUUUGCACAGCCAAAGGGGAUCUCAUUAGCUCCAUCCUCUACCCCAAACCUGUGAGCUUCAAGUUCUACAAGGAUGCUGUGAAGUUCGUCCUGUUCCUCUCCAUCCUGGCUUUUAUCGGCACACUGUACAGCAUCCUCAUCUUGGUUAAAAACCAGGUCCCCGUGGGGCAAAUCAUUAUCCGUGCUCUUGACCUCAUCACCGUCAUCGUGCCCCCGGCUCUCCCGGCUGCGAUGACAGUGGGCACCAUCUAUGCCCAGAACAGGCUGAAGAAGCAGGGCAUCUUCUGCAUCAGCCCUCCCCGUAUCAACCUCUGCGGGAAGAUCCGCCUGGUCUGCUUCGACAAGACAGGAACUCUGACCGAGGAAGGCCUGGAUGUCUGGGGGGUGGUCCCGCUGGAGAGCAACCACUUCAUGCCCAUCGUCCACGAGCCCCGCUGCCUGCCCGCCGGCCCCUUGCUCUACUCCCUGGCCACCUGCCACACAGUCUCGCUGCUGCGGGCGCAGCCCAUUGGGGACCCUGUGGACCUCAAGAUGGUGGAGUCCACCGGCUGGCGCCUGGAGAUGAUGGAGGAGGGGGAAGGUGAGCUGCCUGCCUUCCAGCAGUUUGGGAUGAAGGUCUUGGCUGUGAUGAAGCCUCCGCCCGAGGAAGAACAGCCACGAGACACGAAGCACCAGUCACCCGUGGGGAUCCUCCGGCGUUUCCCCUUCUCCUCUUCCCUGCAGAGGAUGAGCGUCCUGGUGAAGCUGCCCGGCGAAGCCUCAGCCCACCUCUACACCAAGGGGGCACCGGAGAUGGUGGCCAGCCUCUGCAGGAAGGAAACUGUGCCCGUGGAUUUCUCCCAGAUGCUGCGGCACUACACCACGGAUGGUUUCCGGGUCUUGGGUCUGGCUUGCAAAACCCUGAGCGCGGUGACCACCUUUGAGGAGGCCCUGCAGCUCCCCAGGGACUCGGUGGAGAGCAGCCUGACCUUCCUGGGGUUCCUCGUCAUGAAAAACGUCCUCAAGCCAGAGUCUGCGCCUGUGAUUCACCUCCUGAGGAAUGCCAGCGUCCGCCCCGUCAUGGUGACAGGAGACAACAUGCUGACGGCCAUGAACGUGGCCAAGAGCUGCCGCAUGGUGGAGCCGAAAGAGCGGGUGGUCUUUGUCAACGCCUCCCCACCCAGCCACGACAGACCCGCCGCGCUCAAGUUCAUCCUCGCCGAGCACUCCCAGGGCGAGGAGCAGCCAGGUCCGCAGCAGCAGGACGGCUGCUCCCCCCAGCCCUGCCACUUCGCCCUGAACGGCAAAUCCUUCGCCGUGCUUUGCGAGCACUUCGCCGACCUGCUGCCGAAGAUCCUCAUCCGAGCCACCGUGUUCGCCCGCAUGUUGCCUGACCAGAAGACUCAGCUGGUGUGCAGCCUGCAGGAGCUCAACUACUGUGUGGGGAUGUGCGGGGACGGGGCCAAUGACUGCGGGGCACUGAAGGCGGCCGACGUGGGCAUCUCGCUGUCGGAGGCGGAGGCGUCGGUGGCCUCGCCGUUCACCUCCCGCGUGGCAAACAUCGAGUGCGUGCCCACCGUCAUACGGGAGGGCAGGUGCUCGCUGGUCACCUCCUUCGGCGUCUUUAAGUACAUGGCCCUGUACAGCCUGGUGCAGUUCGUGUCCGUCCUGCUGCUCUACACGAUCAACACCAACCUGAGCGAUUUCCAGUUCCUCUUCUUCGACCUGAUCAUCACCACCACCGUGGCAGUGCUGAUGGGUCGCACCGGUCCUGCCCAGGAGCUGGGAGUGGAGCGUCCCCAAGGGACGUUGAUCAGCGUCCUCGUGCUGGGCAGCUUGCUCCUUCAAACGGCUCUGCUCAUCACCGUGCAGGUCCUCAGCUACUUCAUCACUGUCUCACAGAGCUGGUACGUGCCGCUGAACAGCACAGUGAUGGCUCCCCAGAACCUGCCCAACUACGAGAACACAGUCCUCUUCUGUGUCACGGGCUUCCAGUACCUCAUCCUGGCCGUCGCCAUGUCCAAGGGGUACCCGUUUCGGGAGCCGCUCUACACCAACGUGCUGUUCUUGGUAGUCCUCAUCCUCCUUUUUGGCCUCAUGAUAUGGUUGACCCUCUACCCGCUGGGCUUCCCCAAAACCCUGCUGAAGCUGCAGGGCAUCGAUGACUUGAAUUUCAAGCUGCUGCUGCUGGGGGUUGCUGCCCUCAACUUCUUCGCCGCCUUCGUGCUGGAGACCGCCCUGGACCACGGCUUGCUCAGCUGCCUCCGCAAACUGCACCGAAAGAAGGUGUCCAAGAAGCUUUUCAAGAGGCUGGAGAAGGAGCUGAGCCAGCAGCAGCCAUCCUGGCCACCCCUUAACGAACCCCUCUUUGCUACACCCAAGAUGUCCAUUGCUGUGAGAUAGCACGCGUCGGGCUGUCGCCCUGCCUGCCAGCCCCUGGACGCUGUUGUUUAUUUAUUGCUCCUGGGAAAUGGAGGGGCAGUUUCCCGCGGGGAGACCCUCAGCAUCGCAGCUGUGAAUCCCCACGUGCUGGUCCUGCAGCUGUGGCUGAGAGGAGGAGAUGGCGGAGAAGGAAACGGGGGAGGGGGGGAGAAGGUGAAGAGGAAAAGUAGAAAUGAUCCAGCUCAGCUCUUCCUCCUGCUGCUGCCCUUGGACCCGUUUCCCCGUGCUGGGCACCGGUACAGUUUUGCAGGGGGGUACUGCCUCCUUUUUCUUCUCCUGGCUGGUCAGAACCCCCGAGAAGAGGGUCCCUGAUCUUCUCCUGGCGAGGGCACCCGUCCCAGCCUCGCAUCCCUGCUCACUGUGAAA